AUGCAUAAUGACUCUAUACCCGGCGGAGAGCCCUCCUCGGCUGACGCCGAAAAGGGGUUCGCUUCGGAAUCCUUGCGCGAACCCGGCCGCGGCAUCACAACCCCCUUGUCACAAAGCCAGACAACAGCUGUCGAGCUCCAACGGAGUCAUCAUAGCCAUGCCAAGUCCACAAACUUUCCCCUAUCUUUCUGGAAAUGGGCAACCCAGAAAUCCAAUUCGUCCUCAGAUAUCGACACCAACCCACCUCCAGAUGGGGGUCUCCAAGCAUGGACCAUAACACUAAUGGCACACAUGGUGGGUUUCAAUACCUUCGGGUUUGUCAACGCUUACGGUGUCCUACAAUCCUACUACGUCUCCCGCUUUGAUCUUCCCCCCUCAACAGUAUCCUGGAUCGGCUCCCUUUCGGCUUUCCUAGUGCUCUUCAUCUCGACAUUCUCCGGCCGUCUCACAGACGCAGGCUACUUCCACCAAACGCUCCUCCUCGGCACCAUCCUGCAACUCCUCGGAUUCUUCGCCGCCGGUUUCGCAAAAACAUACUGGCAGGUUCUCCUCGCACACGGUAUAUGUAUCGGUGUCGGCGGAGGCCUGAUCUUCAUCCCCGCCAUCUCGCUCGUCGGCACCUACUUCACCAAACGCCGAAGUCUCGCGCUCGCAAUCUGCGCAGUUGGGAAUUCCUUCGGCGGGUUAAUCUUCUCCGCAAUCUUACAGUCUUUGCUGCCGAAAUUGGGAUAUGGCUGGGCGAUGAGAGUCUGCGGGUUCGUGAUUAUGGGGAGCAUGAUACCGGCGAAUUUUCUGCUGAAGCCGAGGAGGAUUAAGAGGAAUAAGGCGCCGUUGAUUGAGUGGAGUGCGUUUGGAGAGCCGGUUUAUGCUUGUUUUUCGGUGGGCAUGUUUUUUAGCAUGGUGGGGAUGUGGAUUCCUGUUUUCUAUCUUGGAUCUUUUGGAAGAGAUAUCAUACAUAUUGGGUCGAAAGACGCUUCGUCUUUAUUGCUUAUAAUCAACGGUGUCGGUAUCUGUGGGCGCGUCAUCCCCGCCAUCGUAGCAGCGAGAUUCGGACCCUUGAAUCUCAUGAUUCCUCUGAGUCUAGUCUCAGGGCUGAUCCUCUUCUGCUGGGCGGGAGUCAGUAACCAUACUGAGGUUGUCGUCUUCGAUGUCUUCUAUGGUUUCAUCAUGGCUGCUGCGCAGGGAAUGUUCCCUCCUUCCCUGGGGAGCUUGACCGAAAAUCUGUCGAAGAUGGGUGUCAGGAUGGGAAUGGUGUUCUCGAUUUGUGGGUUUGCGGUGCUGAUUGGGAAUCCGCUUGCUGGUGCGUUGAUUACCUUGGAUGGGGGGAGGUAUCUUUAUGCGCAGAUGUUUGCGGGGGGGGCUAUGACGCUUGGGGUUGCGUUUUUGACGGCUGCGAGGGUGUUGAAGAGUGGUUGGGGUAUACGGGUGAGAGUAUAGCAAGUGCACAAUUCUGAGAGAGCAAGACGGUGUAUUCCGAUUACCGUUAAAAGUCGUGAUUGAGCUGCGGCUCUUCUCAACCAGAUGAUUGCAAGUUCCCCCAUUGUGGUGCGUCGGAUAGCUUCACUUCUGAGAGCAACGGAAAGUCUAUUCACAGUGGAAUGAGACACUCCAAUUUGAUCACAUUUUUCUACAAUCCUUUCG